GCGCGCGCCGGCAGUCGGUCCGCGGUCGUCCGUCAGUUCGCGUCGCCGCCGGUCCUCGGCGCUAUCGUCAUCCUUACGCUGUAUCGUAUUACUCGUAUAAUAAACGUUAUACUUUUGACAUUUUCGAUUUUCUCUCGUGACCGAUACAACGCCGUGGCUUCUUUGCGCAUCUCAAUUUCAGUAGGUCCUGUAUACUUAUCGGAGAAACGACGGUAAUAACAACAACAAUAAUAAUAAUAAUAUCUAUAUUCGCCGGGUACGUGCGUGCGCGCGUCGCCGACCACUCGAUCGCGGAGCCCCAAGCCGAGGGUGGCGUAGACGGAAGCGCGAACGAGAGAGAAGAGAGUGGCGAGCGUCACAACUACGGACAUCCGCGCCGGGAGCUGCGCUGUAGCCGCGCGCUCCGUGCUGCCAACGACGGCCAAACGAACGACGACGACGCGCGGCGAUUGAUCCGCCACAUACACCGCAAUAAUAUCAUGUAUUAAAUUAUCGAAAUAUAAUAACUUUGAGUUGAAGAUGGUUACUGUACGGGCACCGUCUUUUCUGGUUCGGCGUAUAUGCGCCUUCAUAUUUUUAGGAAUCAUGGGCUAUUCGAUUUUUCAAAUGACCCGCAGCAAUUCUUAUUACGAUAUGUCAGAUCGAAACAUUAUGCGAAAACAAAUCGAACUUGAUAUUAUUAAAUCAUCAAAUAAUGAAGUUCCUGUUAAAAAUUUGAAAAAUGAAAACUAUAUAGCAUGCCCGCAUCCUAUUUUGGAUCCAUUCGACCCAGUCAUGAUGAAAUUCGUCAAAAAAGAGCCACCUUUGGUUUGCGAUGAAGAGGAGGAUUGGGUUACAAUCAAGGGGAACAUCGCACGUAUUACCGAUAAGGCGCUCAAGAAGUACGGCGAUAUCCAGUGCAAAUUUAUGGACGUUUUGAGAGCCAAUGAGUUUUCUACGUCACUGGGUGUCGUGACCACGACUCACACAGAAUACAAUUUGGAGACAUCAGAUUUUUUCAGAGUUUACUGUGAGUCAGAAAAUGGCAAAUUUAGUUGGGAGAGUCGCAUGGCCGGUAUACGAUUUGACGAGGAUGUGAUAAAUAGAGCUGGAUGGGAUCAAGUGCCCAAAGACGGGUUAGGACUCAACGUUCUUAUGAUCGGGCUGGACUCUAUGUCACACAUGAUGGUGCAGAGAGUAUUGCCCAAGGUGUACUCGAAACUCAAGUCUAUGGGUGCACGCGUGUUAAAAGGCUAUAACAUCGUCGGUGACGGGACUCCGCAAGCGUUAAUACCAAUUUUGACAGGACGCACUGAACUGGAACUUCCGGACACCAGGAAACGCAUGGGAAAUAAAGCGUCAUACGUGAACGUCUAUCCGUUCAUAUGGAAUGAGUUUAAGAAACACGGUUACGUCACUGGUUAUGCUGAAGACGUUCCAAAUCUUGGCAUUUUUACGUACAGGCUAAAAGGAUUCGACGAACAACCGACCGAUCAUUAUAUGCGAUCAUAUUACGUAGACGCGUUUCCAAUGUUCAAUCAACAAAAGCCUUUUUGUUACGGUUCUCUACCAAGGCACAAGAUCAUGCUCAACUACGUUAAAGACAUGUUUCGGGUGUAUGAAGACAAACCAAAGUUUAUGUUUGCAUUUCAAGGCGAAUUAUCCCACGAUUAUGCGAGUAAGGUAUCAGUCGCGGAAAAUGACAUAGUUGAGUGGUUGGAAUGGUUUGAGAAAUCUGGUUACCUGAACAACACCAUGCUGGUGUUUAUGAGCGAUCACGGCCAGAGGUUCGCGUCUGUACGAGACACGCAACAGGGAAAACUCGAAGAGCGGAUGCCAUUUUUCUCGUUCACACUACCGAAAUGGUUUGAUCGGAAGUAUCCAAAAAUGAUGUCCAAUCUAAACAACAAUACUAACCGUCUGACGACGCCGUUCGACAUAUACUCAACAUUGAUGAAUGUCCUGCAUCGAGAAGAGCUUAAAACUGACGAUGUGAACAAGCGUUCUAUAUCGCUGUUCAACGAGAUACCACUGGGGAGAACGUGUAGAGACGCUUAUAUUGAACCUCACUGGUGUGCUUGUCUAAAAUGGCAGCCAAUGAGCGUCGAUAGUCCGUUGGCCGUCGAUGCAGUCGCACACUUUGUACAGUUUCUUAAUAGGUUUAAUGCCGAGUACACUGACCUGUGUGCGCCGAUAGAGAUCGAUCGGAUCGAAUGGGCUAACAGGAUGGCGCCCAACGAAGGGCUAUUGAAAUUCCACCAGGCCGCCGAUACCGAUGGGUUCGUGCCCGACAUGUCGGCCAACACGAAAAUUACCGACAUCUAUCUGCAGAUUAAAGUGAUCACGCGACAGCCUGCCAACGCUGUAUUCGAAUUUUCGUGCCAGUAUAACAGCGAUACCAGCCGGUACACGAUUUACGAAAAAGACAUUAGCAGAGUUAAUGAGUACGGAAACCAAAGUUGGUGCGUCGCAAAAACCCAACCACAACUCAAUAAGUACUGCUAUUGCAAAACACAGAAUUGAGAAAGCUUGAAGUCUGCAUAGAAAUGUGAUUUGGAUACUAAUAUCUUACAAGUCAGCAGUUCCGAUUCAGCUUCAUGUCAUUCAAAAUUAUUGUUGAUUUUUCAAAUUUGAUUACGUUAUGUGUCAUAAAAGUCUCAACCGAUAUUCUUUACUAUACCUACCUUUAAUUAUACUUAUACUAUUAGUUUAAUAACGACUUACGUUUAACGUAGACUUUUAGUCGUUUAUUUAAGUCAUUUGAAAUCCAUAAUAUUGUAUAAUUUGAUCAAAGUAUUAUGAUUGUAAUUCCAUAGUAUUGUUCAAAACCAUUUUUUUUCGUUUUGAAUAUAAGUUUGUGGUUCAAUUUUUAAAGACGAUGUAUUCACUGUUAAAUAUUUUGUGGUGAAUAACAUUUUGGCGUUGCUGAUUCGGCGAUAGAAUUGGAUAUAUUGUAUAAUAUUACAACAUCCAUAACACUGAACCUAACCUAACAAGAGCUAAUAAGAAAAAAUACGAUAUGGCGAUAUAUUUAUAAGAGAACUUUUGUCCAAACCCGAUUGAACAGUAACCUUUUUAUCGUAAAACUCUAACUUUAAAAAAGCAAUGUUUUAAUAUAAUAUUUCCUUUUAUUCAAAAUAAUUUUACUUUAUUAUCCAAAAACCAUAAUUUAAUACAUUAUUAACCGCCCUAAUCAGUAAUCAGUGAUCCAUUGGUUAGCGUCUGAGGAGUUCCGAUUCUCGACUGAAAAUCAAUUGCUAAUUUGAGUACCUUUCUUUCUUUAUUAACAUUUUCCCUUUGACCUAGCGUUUGGGUUAUAUAUUUCAACAAGUUAUUUUAUCGCUAGAAUUUAUUAAUCUAAAAAUACUGUCGCCUCAAAGGCCUCGUUGUAUUGGUAUCGCCGUUUAAUAUUUAGUAUUUGUUUUAUUUUUAUUUUAAAGUAACAAAUGUCUAUAUUGUUUACCCUAAAUAUUGCAAAGUGAAUCUAAUUUAUCUAGUCAGAUUUAUUUUUUGAGUUUUAAGCUACGUAUAGACUUAUAUUUUUCUGGUCAAUUUUAAGACGAUUUAUUUUAAAUAAUAUGUA